AUGUUGGAGGGACCGAAGCAAAGAUUUUCCAGGCGACGGUGGUCCCUAGUCCACCAGGACUGCUUCGCCGGUGCUCUCAUGGACAACAUCGGGAAUUGGACUCUAUUCGGUACGAGGCGGCUUCCGAACUCCUCGCCCUCUCGGCUUCCCGUCGAGCAUCGUACCUUCUACAGCUUCGUCUUCGUCAUCGGCGUGGCCGUCAACGCGGCGGCUUUGCGGGUCUUCGCGCGGACCACCAGGAACGUCCACAUGAGCGACGUGGCGCUAGUGGACCUCACCCUCAUCUUGCUCCUCCCCUUCUGCUCGGUCUACCUCUAGAUGGACUUCUGGCCCUCCGGCGAGCUUUUCUGCCGCAUCGGCGCCGCCCCGUGGCUCUUUGCUCCGCUCGGCGCCGAUCGCUACGUGGCCAACGUGAAGCUCGAGCACGGCAAGGAGCUGAGGAACGUCCCCGAGACGGCGGUGGCGCACCUUAGGGUCUUGCCCGUGACCCCGCCGGGCACCGCGCCCUCGCUCUUCUCGGUCGACGAUCCCGACGGCCUCGCCGGCUUCAAAAUGGCGGACUUCGUCCGCCUGCGCCGCAACGACCCCGUCAACUUCACGCGGAUGGCCUUCUUCGUCAGCGUCGUGAUUGGCUCGUACGCGCUGGUCGUGGACGACCUGAUCUGCAGCAAGCACAAACCAAAGUCCAUCCGCAUCGCGGUCACGCCGAUGGCGCAGGUCCUGCUGUGUUUUGCGUCCUUUCACGUCGCUUUCACCGUUCCGGACACGGUUCUCUACUACUUUGUCUCCAAGCGCUUCCGGGAUCGGGUUCUUAGCCGGAUCCUGUACGGCAACUAUCGGCGUGCCGUCCGUGAGCAACCCGGCGCCAAGUGCUGUUUCGCCCGACGAACGCGUCUCCCCUUCAUCGCGUCUUUCAUGGGGGAGCUCACGAGCGUGGCUCGCGCCCAACUUUACAUGGCUGAAAGCAGCAGCAGUAGCAGCAGCAGGCGUGCACACGCGCUUCCAACAAGAGGGAAUACAAAAGCGCAGCUCUCCUCCCUGUCAUAG